CUCUACUGACAAUGAAACUGGCAAUGUUGUCCUGGAUGACUUGGGCGAUGCUUUGGUGCAUCGCAGAGGCUCAAGUUCCAGGUCAACCCGAGGCUAUGGGUGCCGCCCAAGGGGGCUUGGGCGCAGCGGCGGGGGCGGGCGGACAAUUUGGAGCUCACAGCGGUGGAGCGGCUAAAGCCGUUGAGGACGGACCUGGAGCUGGGAUGGACGUCGGCAUUGGAGCGGGCGCCGAGGUGGGUGCCAGAGCACGUGCCGGAGGCGCUGGACGUAGACGAUAGGGCUUUUCUAUUUGUUCUGUCCGUUUACAUUUUUUCAUUGGGAAUACCACCUAGAAAAAGAAAGUACAGAGCUUUAUUUAUUUACCGCUGCUUUGUUAAAUAAUGUCAAAAUUUGUAUAUCACUCCACACACUUGUCGGCGAC